AUGGCUGCACUUGGUGACGACCUGCUGUCGACCGUCAACAAGUUGCAAGACCUCGUCUUCAACACCAUUGGCAACGACUCGCUCGACCUCCCUCAGAUUGUCGUGGUAGGCUCACAGUCUGCUGGCAAGUCCUCGGUUCUCGAGAACAUUGUCGGUCGAGAUUUCCUGCCUCGAGGCAGCGGUAUUGUUACUCGGCGGCCUCUGAUCCUUCAGCUGAUCAACGUCCCCGACGAGGAGGCCGAGGCUGCUGCGGCUAACCACAGCUCACAAUGGAACCAUAACGUGGCGCGACCUGGCGAGUGGGCAGAGUUCAACCACAUUCCCAAUAGGCGUUUCACCGACUUUGGCGACGUCAAGCGCGAGAUCGAGAACGAAACCUCUCGCGUCGCAGGAAACAAUAAGGGCAUCACGCGACAGCCUAUUAACCUUAAGAUCUACUCCCCUCACGUGCUCAACCUCACACUGGUGGAUCUGCCCGGUCUGACCAAGGUACCUAUCGGUGACCAACCCGCAGACAUCGAAAAGCAGACACGCAACCUGAUCUCCGAGUUCAUUGCCAAGCCCAACAGUAUCAUCCUCGCCGUCUCCCCAGCGAACGUCGAUAUUGUCAACUCGGAAGCCCUAAAGCUCGCACGCCAUGUGGACGCCUUGGGAAGGAGGACGAUUGGUGUCCUGACCAAGGUCGAUCUCAUGGAUCACGGGACCAACGCGCUGGACAUCCUGUCCGGACGGGUGUAUCCUCUGAAGCUGGGCUGGAUCGGCGUUGUGAACCGGUCACAGCAGGAUAUUCAAGGCAACAAGCCCAUGGAUGAGGCGCUCAAGGACGAGGAGAACUUCUUCAAGCUGCAUCCAGCCUACCGUAAUAUUGCAAUGAAAUGCGGCACGCGGUUCUUGGCCAAGACUCUUAACACGACACUCAUGGCGCACAUCCGGGACCGUCUCCCCGAUAUCAAAGCUCGGCUUAACACGCUCAUGGGCCAGACGCAGCAGGAAUUGGCCAGCUAUGGCAACAUGCAGUUUAGUGGCAGAGAACACCGGGGCUCCCUCAUCCUCCAGCUCAUGACCCGCUUCGCGUCCUCUUUCAUUGCCUCGAUCGACGGUACCUCGACCGAGAUCUCCACGAAAGAGCUAUGUGGUGGUGCUCGGAUAUAUUACAUUUUCAACUCCGUCUUCGGCAUGUCUCUCGAGUCCAUCGACCCGACCUCAAACCUCACUGCUCUCGACAUCCGCACAGCUAUUAGGAACUCCACCGGCCCGCGACCUAGUCUGUUUGUCCCUGAGAUGGCCUUUGACCUCCUCGUGAAGCCCCAGAUCAAGAUGUUGGAAGUGCCAAGUCAACGCUGCGUUGAACUGGUGUACGAGGAAUUGAUCAAGAUCUGCCACACAUGUGGUAAUACGGAGCUGUCGCGCUUUCCAAGGUUGCAGGCCAAGCUAAUCGAGGUGGUGUCCGAUCUCUUGCGAGAACGCCUGGGGCCCUCGUCAUCCUACGUGGAGUCCUUAAUCUCAAUACAGCGUGCCUAUAUCAACACCAAUCACCCCAACUUUCUCGGCGCUGCGGCAGCAAUGAGCAACGUUGUAGGCGCCAAGCAGGAGAGGGAGCGCAAACGCCUCAUCCAGGAGGAGCGUGAGCGCAGAGAGCGCAGGCGUCUCAAAGAACUUGGCGCCAACGGUACUGAGGAGGUCGACGAGGAGGAGUCGACGACCAUUGUCGAAAAGGCCGAACAUGCCUCAAUCCGUAAGACGCAAGCUAAGGGCGCCGCACGAAGCAUGUCGCCAGCAGUCAAGGAGAACGGCACCGGCGGCAUCACUUCAGCACUGAAUGGAGCUCGCGCAAGCUCACCAAUGAGGUACAACCCACAAGGUGCAGGCAGCGGCGCGAAGGAUUCUUUCUUGAACUAUUUCUUCGGCAAGGACGGGGCCCAGCCGGCAAUGCCCGCACAUACCCACAGCCCGAACAUUGGACGGCAUGUCAGCCAAAGCUCCGAGCCCUCAUUUGCCCAGAGCAUAAGGCAGCAGGAGCCUGCCCUGCGCUCACCUAUCCAGGCUAUGCCACCAUUAGCUAGCUCGGAUGAUUUCAUGUUUGGCUCGACGCCUCGCGGCGCCGAUUUCGGCGCGACCGGCGAGCCGGCUAUGACCGACCGGGAGCAGAUGGAGACAGAACUGAUCAGGGCGUUGAUCUCGUCCUACUUCAACAUCGUCCGCGAGUCCAUUGCCGACCAGGUCCCCAAAGCCAUCAUGCACCUGCUGGUCAACCACUGCCGUGAUGAAGUUCAGAACCGUCUCGUCAGCGAACUGUACCGCGAGGCGCUCUUCGAGGAGCUGCUGUAUGAGGACGACGGCAUCAAGAAGGAGCGCGAGAAAUGCGAGAAGCUGCUCCAGACAUACAAGGAGGCUGCCAAGAUCAUCGGCGAGGUGGUGUAGAGCAGACCUAUCCU